AUGGGGGUGGUGGACACGGUCCAGGAAUCCCCUGAGCAAGAGACGGCGACCGUGUCCGAGAGGGCAGAAGCACAAAGCAGUAGUAACAGGGUGCUGCUCCAGGAGCACAGGUGUCCAGUGCAGUCCGAGAGCCCCUUUCCUGGGACCCCCCGAAGGACGGCGGCGGCCUUUGUGGUUCUGAGGCGGGAGGACAGCCGCUCCUUCCGACACAUUGCUAUCUGUCUGUCAUCCGCCCCCUCCCACAGGGAGAAGCAUCUCUUCACAGCCAAGUUGGAGAGGUGGGGUCCGUCCAUGAAGAUAAAAGCUAAGUUCUGUGAGAUGGAAAGAGCUCCAUUGGAGGAAGGACAGCCGGCCCGGACCCAGGAGCGGGCCCAAGGUGCCCUCUCAUGUGGCAAUGAAGAGACAGUGUUGAUCCAUUCUCUUUGUGGAGGUGUGGAAACAGCUGCUGCGCCUCCAGUCCAGUCUCCAGUUUUCUUUGAGGAGGUCACUGUAUAUUUUACUGAGGCAGAGUGGGCCCUGCUGGAUCCGGACCAAAGAGCACUCCACAGGGCCGUCAUGCUGGACAACUACAGGAGCGUGGCCUCUCUGGGGGAUGAUCAGCGGAAUGAGGGUGAUGAGGAAGUGCAUCAGCUGUUGCCAGAUAAAGUGGAGAGUGAAGAUUUGAAAGGAAACUUCAGGAACCAAGGUGGACCUAAGAGGCAGAAAAGAAGGCACAUGAUCGAGAAGAAACAUCAAAGAACACACACAGGGGAGAAACCUUUUGAAUGCUUGGAGUGUGGAAAGAGAUUCAGUCAGAGUGGCACUCUUCAAGACCAUCAAAGAACCCACACAGGGGAGAGACCUUUUGAAUGCUUGGAGUGUGGAAACAGAUUCAGUCGCAGCGGCAGUCUUCAAGCGCAUCAAAGAACCCACACAGGGGAGAAACCUUUUGCAUGUUCAGAGUGUGGAAAGAAAUUCAGUCAAAGUAGUCAUCUUAAACAGCAUCAAAGAACCCACACAGGGGAGAAACCUUUUGAAUGCUCAGAGUGUGGGAAAAAAUUCAGUGGCAGUAGCAAUCUUCAAAGGCAUGAAAGAACCCAUACAGGGGAGAAACCUUUUGAAUGCUUAGAGUGUGGAAAGAGAUUCAGUCACAAGUGUGGAAAGAGAUUCAAUCGCAGUGACAAUCUUCAAAAGCAUGAAAGAACCCACACAGGGGAGAAACCUUUUGAAUGCUCCGAGUGUGGAAAGAGAUUCAGUCGCAAUGGCAGUCUUCAAGAGCAUCAAAAAACCCACACAGGGGAGAAACCUUUUGAAUGUUUGGAGUGUGGAAAGAAAUUCAGUCGUAGUGGCAGUCUUCAAGAGCAUCAAAGAACCCACACAGGGGAGAAACCUUUUGAAUGUUUGGAGUGUGGAAAGAGAUUCAGUCGCAGUGGCAAUCUUCAACAGCAUAUAAGAAACCACACAGGGGAGAAACCUUUUGAAUGUUUGGAGUGUGGACAGAGAUUCAGUCGCAGUGGCCUUCUUCAAAAGCAUCAAAGAACCCACACAGGGGAGAAACCAUUCGAAUGCUCAGAGUGUGGAAAGAGAUUCAGUGGCAGUAGUAAUCUUCAACAGCAUCAAAGAACUCACACGGGGGAGAAACCUUUUGAAUGCUUGGUGUGUGGAAGGAGAUUCAGUCGUAGUGGCAGUCUUCAAGAGCAUCGAAGAACCCACACAGGGGAGAAACCUUUUGAAUGUUUGGAGUGUGGAAAGAGAUUCAUUCGAAGUGGCGAUCUUCAAAAGCAUCAAAGAACCCACACAGGGGAGAAACCUUUCCAAUGCUCUGAGUGUGGAAAGAGAUUCAGUUACAGUUACACUCUUCACGAGCAUCAAAGAACCCAUACAGGGGAGAAACCUUUGGAAUGCUCAGAGUGUGGAAAGAGAUUCAGUCAGAGUGGCAAGCUUCAAAUGCAUCAAAGAUCCCACACAGGGGAGAAACCUUUUGAAUGCUCCGAGUGUGGAAUGUGUUUCAGUCAGAAUAACACUCUUCAAAUACAUCAAAGAAUCCACACAGGGGAGAGACCUUUUAAAUGCUCAGAGUGUGGAAAGACAUUCAGUCAUAGUGCCACUCUUCAAAUGCAUCGAAGAACCCACACUGGGGAGAAACCUUUUGAAUGCUCAGAGUGUGGAAAGAGAUUCAGUCGCAGUAGCAGUCUUCAAGAGCAUCUCAGAACCCACACAGGGGAGAAACCUUUUGAAUGCUCAGAGUGUGGAAAGAGAUUCAGUCACAGUGGCAGGUUUCAAGAGCAUCAAAGAACCCACACAGGGGAGAAACCUUUCGAAUGCUCCGAGUGUGGAAAGAGAUUCAGUCUUAGCGACAGUUUUCAAAAACAUCAAAGAACCCACACAGGGGAGAGACCUUUUGAAUGCUUUGAGUGUGGAAAGAGAUUCAGUCGCAGUGGCCAUCUUCAAGCGCAUGAAAGAACCCACACAGGGGAGAAACCUUUUGAAUGCUCAGAGUGUGGAAAGAGAUUUAGUCACAGUGGCCAUCUUCAAGAGCAUCAAAGAACCCACACAGGGGAGAGACCUUUUGAAUGUUCGGAGUGUGGAAAGAGAUUCAUUCGCAGUGGCCAUCUUCACCAGCAUCUCAGAACCCAUACAGGGAAGAAACCUUUUGAAUGCUGA